AUGGUAUAUCGAGAAGAAAGAGCAAAGGCGAAGAAUGGUUGGACCUCAAUCUCGAGUCCUGCGUUCGUCGACCUCAACCGAGAUAGGAGAGGGUUCCACAGAUUCGAAUCGAGCAAGAAGGAAUCACAAUUGAACAAUGGAGAAGAAAGAGAUGGAGGUUCCGUAGGAUUUAGCGUACAUACGUUUGGGUUUACUCCUUCUACAAGCUCCAAGGAUGAUGAACUCGCUCUACAAAGAGCCAAAGCUUUCUUCGUUGGCUGGAUGCUUGGGCCUCUUACAUUCGGAGACUAUCCCGAUGAAAUGAAAAUAGCCGUUGGAUCAAGACUGCCAGUUUUCUCAGAGGAAGAGUCAGAGCAAGUUAAAGGCUCGUCUGACUUCAUAGGAAUCAUUCACUAUCUUGCGGCUUCUGUCACAAACAUCAAAUCCAAACCUUCUCAUCCUGAUUUUACUCAGACAUGGGCGCUUCUAUAA